ACGUUCUGCUCGUUAAAAGAUGAAAGUCUACGUUAAAAGAUGCAAAGUCUACGUUAGCAAUAUAGAGUAAAGCAGAAAAUUCCAGGCACUGAGUUUACCAGGAGAGAUUCUGAAAUUUGUUCUAAAAAACAUGAAGAGGCUUUAAAGUUCGGUUAUUUUCAGGGUUUUAAGCCGCAGGAUUUGUGUUAAGAAAACACGAUCAGAGUUCUUAGGAUUUGUUAUGGCGAUUGCACGGCGUCUGUGCGAGGUCCAUUCUAAGCUCCCUAAAUUUAACGAGCAAUGCUCUUCAUCAAUCUUUCCUGCUUCUUGCACGACCUUCCGAUCAACAUAUCAGCCUGAACAGUAUUUCAGGCUGCUGUCAAAAUCAUAUUCUGAACAGAAAAAUAUCCUUCUUACUGCUAUCGGAGUUUCGAAAAACAAUACCCAAAUGCAGAUUUCGAGACUUGAGAGAUGGACGAUGAGUCCUUUUUUUCAGAUUCAGACUCCGAGGUUUUUCAGUGCAGAUUCAAAAAAUUCAGAUUACAGCAAGGAAGUAGAUGAAAUAAACGCCAAAUUUGCAGAGGCGAGAGAGGAGAUUGAAAUGGCCAUGGAGUCGAAGGAAACGGUUUAUUUUGACGAAGAGGCCGAUAGCGCCAGAGCAGUUGUGAAAGAAACCCUAGAAAUGUUCGACGCUUUGCUUGCGAGAUUGCCUGAGAAUCAGCGAGGUGUUGUACAGAGAUCCAUGGGCUUGAAAAUGGAACAGCUUAAAGCAGAGUUUGAACAGCUAAACGAGUAAAACUCAAUGGCGGGGAUUUGUGAAAGUGUUGUCCUUUUUGUUUUAAGGGCAUCAAUUUUAGAGUAUUGAAUUAAUUGCCCUACAAAGCGUUAAGCAGCUCAGAGAAUUUAAUUGGAACUAUUUUGGUUGCUUAGGGUUUUGCAUGAAAUUGAGUGACUGGAAAUUCCUCCUGGGUUUACAAACACUUUGGGUGAAGAUUUAUUUCUUCUUGUUAUCAGGUAAUUUUUGAAUUAUGAUACUUAUUGAAACGACAUUGCUGAUAAGUUUUCAAGAAAAAGUUCUUGGCUGCUGAGAUGCGGGUAAAUUUCAAAUAAAUUUUCUUGUAUUAAUAUGGUAUGGGAGGGUGAACUUUUCCUAUAUGCAUUUUCGAAUAAAGAACACAGGAUUUACCAGUAGCAUA